AUGGGCCGACACUCCAAAGCAACUACUGCACAUCUUGGGAACCUCAACCACCCUAGAAGGUCCUAUAAACCCACUGUAGAAGAUGUGAGCAAGUCAGAAGAUGAAGAUUACAUCCCUACCAGCAACAGGCAGCCACUCCUCGAAAAAGGCUUCUUCUUCCUGGAUGAAGACUUGGAUUCAGACUCGGACUGGGACCCAGAGGAUGAGGAGGAGGUGGAGGUUGAUGAGGAAGAACUAGAGGGGCUGAAGAAUGAGAGCGACAUUCAUCAGUUCGCAGCUGUUCUCUGUGAAGCUCAAGCUCUUGCUGUAAAGGCUGAACGUGAAGCAGCAGCUGAUAAGCCCAACUGCCCAAAGCACUACACUGGGAACUCGAAACGAAGCCAGCGGCUCCAUGCCUUCAAUCAGAAGAAGUUAGCAGCAGCUGGACAACAAUUUAUUAAUUCCUGGUUCACAGUAGCCAAAAAGACGGUCUCCGAGGAUGAAUCUGGUUCAGACUCAGACUCAUCACCUGAAGACCCACCCACCGAAGAUGUUGAGGCAAGCAUGGGCCGGCUCUUCCCUGAAAGAGAUGAAUUGAGCAAUGAAGAGGAAGUUGAAGAGCUCCUGAAGCAGUUGUGGAACGGAUGUCGCCCUUCGGAUGACAGCCCUGAGACAAGGACUGAUGUCCUGUUGAAUGGAUUAUGCUACAAGGACUUUCCUAUGCUGCGUCGUGCACUCGCAAAACUCACCGUCAAGAGCAAAGACAAGAAGCUUGAUGUGUUCUUCCGAAGCCGAAUUACAGGGAUGGUUGCGACAUUGAAUCUUUAUCUCAAUUCACAGCUCUCAUAUACAUGGCGGGAGGCUUCCCUGAUUGCAGCAAAAGCUGCAGGACGAGGACCCAAUCACGCACACAACCUACGAAAGUGGAUCUGUCAGUUUUUGAAAUCUGGGAAACUGCCCCUUCACCAAUAUGGCUCCUACAACUCCUCAAUCCUUGAUGAUGAAGACUUUGCCUGGGAUAUCCAGCUACACUUGACAGAAAAGGCAAAAGAUGGCUACAUCCGGGCACAGGACAUUGUUGACUACGUUGCCACAAAGGAUGUCCAGGAGCGGCUUGGGGUGAAGGCACGAGGAAUCACUGUUCGAACGGCUCGACGCUGGUUGAAGAAGCUGAACUGGCGAUAUACCUGCAAACGGAAUGGCAUGUACAUUGAUGGCCAUGAAAGGGAGGAUGUGGUUGCUUAUCGGAAAGCAUUUGUGUCAUGCUGGCAGGAAUAUGAGAAGCGUUUCAUUACUUAUGACAAUGAUGGCAAUGUACUCUCUAAACCAGCUGGCUUCCCUGUCCCUCAAAUCGGCCGCUUCCGCUUAAUCCUGGUCACACACGAUGAAUCAACGUUCUAUGAAAACGACAGACGCAAGACAAAGUGGACCCACUUCCAAGAAAAGGUGACAACGGAGAGAAAAGGAGAGGGGCCAUCGAUCAUGGUGUCCGAAUUCUUAACACCUGAUUGGGGGUGGCUAAAAGACAGAGAUGACGAGGCAUGUAUCCUCUUCAGAGCAGGGAAGAAUCGGGAUGGUUACUUCGACAAUGACGAUCUGAUCAGUCAAGUGGAUCAUGCUAUUGACAUUUUUGAGGGACUCACCAAUGGCUUUGCAACUGGUCUUUUCAUGUUUGACAAUGCACCGAGUCACCAAAAGCGGGCAAUGGAUGCCCUCUCUGCUCGGAAAAUGCCCAAAAAUGCCCAUGCAACAUGGACACAUCACAAAGAUGGCCCAAAGAUGAGGACCACCUGCUUCGGUGAGCACAGCACUAUCCAAGACUUCUAUUACCCAGAUGAUCACCCCACCAUGCCGGGCUGGUUUAAAGGGAUGGAGAAUAUUAUCCGGGAGCGCAGUCUGUGGCCACAGCGGGGGCUCAACGCGCAGUGUGAGGGGUUCAAGUGUGAGCCUGGGAAGACGGACUGCUGCUGUCGACGGCUUCUAUUCACACAGCCCAAUUUCGUAAAUCAGAAGUCUCACCUUGAAGAGUUAAUCACUUCCCGUGGUCACAUUUGUGACUUCUACCCAAAAUAUCACUGUGAACUCAAUUUCAUUGAGCAAUAUUGGGGGGCAGCAAAGCUUUGGUAUCGGAAUAGCCCCAAGACAACUGAUAUAAAGGAGAUGGAGAGGAAUGUACUUGCCUGCCUCAACGAUGUUCCUGAUGUUUCAAUCAAACAAUAUGCCAAUCACGCUGCUCGAUUUAUCAACGGAUACUUCCAGGGACUUACAGGCCCCGAGGCAGCGUGGGCAAACAGGAAAUAUCAUGGCCAUCGCACACUUCCUGUGUCUGUUGUUGCUAAACUUAAGGAGGAGUUCUUAAAGAGGUUUGGGGGGUCCAAGUAA